GUCGGGCCGGCCGCGCGCCGCCUCCCGCUCCUCCUCCGCCUUGCCCUCCCCUGAGGCGGCGGCGCCAUGUCCAGCGCCCGGACCCCGCUGCCCACGCUCAACGAGAGGGACACGGAGCAGCAGCCAGCCCUGGGACCGCUGGACUCCAAGCCCGGCGGUAAGUCCAAUAUGCUGCGGGGCCGCAACUCCGCCACUUCCGCCGACGAGCAGCCCCACAUCGGCAACUACCGGCUCCUCAAGACCAUUGGCAAGGGGAAUUUUGCCAAAGUGAAGCUGGCGCGGCAUGUCUUGACCGGGAAAGAGGUGGCGGUGAAGAUCAUCGACAAGACCCAACUCAAUUCCUCCAGCCUCCAGAAACUUUUCCGGGAAGUGCGAAUAAUGAAGGUUUUGAAUCACCCCAACAUAGUUAAAUUAUUUGAAGUGAUUGAGACGGAGAAAACACUGUACCUUGUUAUGGAGUAUGCUAGCGGAGGGGAGGUGUUCGAUUACCUGGUUGCCCAUGGCAGAAUGAAGGAGAAGGAGGCUAGAGCAAAAUUCCGCCAGAUAGUGUCUGCUGUUCAGUACUGUCACCAGAAAUUCAUUGUACACAGAGACUUGAAGGCCGAGAACCUGCUCUUGGACGCGGACAUGAACAUCAAGAUCGCCGACUUUGGCUUCAGCAACGAGUUUACCUUUGGCACCAAGUUGGACACCUUCUGCGGCAGCCCCCCCUACGCUGCUCCCGAACUCUUCCAGGGAAAGAAGUACGACGGGCCGGAGGUGGAUGUCUGGAGCCUGGGGGUCAUCCUCUACACUCUGGUCAGCGGCUCGCUGCCUUUUGAUGGCCAGAACCUCAAGGAGCUGCGGGAGCGGGUACUGAGGGGCAAGUACCGCAUCCCCUUCUAUAUGUCAACGGACUGUGAGAACCUCCUCAAGAAAUUCCUCAUCCUCAACCCCAGCAAGAGAGGCACGUUAGAGCAAAUCAUGAAAGACCGGUGGAUGAACGUAGGCCACGAGGAGGACGAGUUGAAACCCUACGUGGAGCCGCUCCCCGACUACAAAGACCCCCGCCGGACAGACCUGAUGGUGUCCAUGGGCUAUACGCGGGAGGAGAUCCAGGACUCGCUGGUGAGCCAGAAGUACAAUGAGGUGAUGGCCACUUACCUGCUGCUUGGCUACAAAAGCUCUGAGCUGGAGGGCGAUACCAUCACUUUAAAGCCCCGGCCGUCAGCUGAGCUGACCAAUAGCAGCGCCCCAUCCCCAUCCCACAAGGUACAGCGCAGCGUCUCCGCCAACCCCAAGCAGCGACGCUUCAGUGAUCAGGCUGGUCCUGCCAUCCCCACCUCCAAUUCCUACUCCAAGAAGACCCAGAGUAAUAAUGCCGAGAACAAACGGCCCGAAGAGGAGCGGGAGUCCGGGCGCAAGACUAGUAGCACUGCUAAAGUGCCCGCCAGUCCCCUGCCCGGCCUUGAAAGAAAGAAGACCACACCCACACCUUCCACGAACAGCGUCCUCUCCACCAGCACAAACAGGAGCCGGAACUCCCCCCUCCUGGACCGUGCCAGUCUGGGCCCGAGCUCCAUCCAGAACGGCAAAGACAGCCUAACCAUGCCGGGUUCCCGGGCCUCCACGGCUUCCGCUUCUGCCGCUGUCUCUGCGGCCCGGCCCCGCCAGCACCAGAAAUCCAUGUCGGCCUCCGUUCACCCCAACAAGGCCUCCGGGCUGCCCCCCACGGACAGUAAUUGUGAGGUGCCGCGGCCCAGCACGGCCCCCCAGCGGGUCCCCGUGGCCUCCCCGUCGGCCCACAACAUCAGCAGCAGCGGGGGGGCCCCAGAGAGGACCAACUUCCCUCGGGGCGUGUCGAGCCGCAGCACCUUCCACGCCGGGCAGCUCCGCCAGGUGCGGGACCCUCAGAACCUGCCCUACGGCGUGACCCCCGCCUCGCCCUCGGGCAACAGCCAGGGCCGGCGGGGCGCCUCGGGCAGCAUCUUCAGCAAGUUCACAUCCAAGUUUGUGCGCAGAAAUCUGUCUUUCAGGUUUGCCAGAAGGAACCCGAAUGAGCCCGAAAGCAAAGACCGAGUGGAAACCCUCAGACCUCACGUGAUGGGGAGCGGGGCCGCCGACAAGGAGAAGGACGACAACCGGGAGGCCAAGCCCCGCUCGCUGCGCUUCACCUGGAGCAUGAAGACGACGAGCUCCAUGGAACCCAACGAGAUGAUGCGGGAAAUCCGCAAGGUGCUGGACGCUAACAACUGCCAGUGCGAGCUGCAGGAGAAGUACAUGCUGCUGUGUAUGCACGGGACGCCGGGCCACGAGACCUUCGUGCAGUGGGAAAUGGAGGUGUGCAAGCUGCCCCGUCUCUCCCUCAACGGGGUCCGCUUCAAGCGGAUAUCCGGCACCUCCAUGGCCUUCAAGAACAUUGCCUCCAAGAUCGCCAAUGAACUGAAGCUUUAACAGGCGGCGGGGGGCCGCGGGGGGCGGGGGUGCCCCUCCUCCACAGGACCAGCACGGGACAGAACCCAGCCUCGGGGGCAGGGGUGGCCUACCCAUCCACCUGGCAGGGCCGGGGACUACGACGACCGACGACUGGAUUUUCGUGUGUGUGACUCCCUGCUGGCGUCCCCCUCCCCCUUUGUUUCUCUUUCGGCGGUGGGGGAGGGAUAUAGUGCCUCCCCACCCCAACUCCCCCUUGAGCUGACAGAAUUAGGGGGUCACGGGGACCGGGCAGCCCCUGGGUACUGCAGUUGCACAGAGUAUUUCGCGAAACCAAGAAAUUUUUUUAGUACCAAAAAAAGAAAAGAAACCGACCAGCUCCCCCCCACCCCUCCCGCUCCUUGGGGUCCUUCACCCCACCCGGGUGGGAUGCCCCCCUGGCCGGAGCGAGCUAGGAGCCGGCCGCCCCCCAACACCCCAGGGCCAGGAGGAGUACAGGCUUCUGGGGGGGCUCCCUCCGUCUUCAUUUGAGCGUCCAUCCGUGGGGGGCCCAUCCCCGUCCAGCUUGGGAUUUUGGGAAGCCGUCUUCCUGCAUGACCCCAGCCUGGACAGAUGGGAUGGUGGGGA